AUUAUCUUUCCGAUUAUAUCUCAAUUAUCCUCAUCCUUUUUCCACUUGCAAAUGGUAGCAAUGACCAACUCUUUCAUCCCCAAUAUCUUGACGAUUCUUUCAAAGGUAGCAUACCUACCAGUGGAGAUCCAAUCAGAUGUUACCGAAAAGGCACUAACAUCAUUGGCCAAAGAUGAUCUCAUUCAAUUUGAAGCUAUUUAUCCUCAUCCUUUUCCACUUGCAUAUGGCAGCAAUGACCAGCUUUUCCAUCCUCAACAUCUUAACAAUCCUCUCAAAGUUAUCCAGAUCCUUCUUCCACUUACAAAUGGCAACAAUGACCAGCUCUUCCAUCUCAACAUCUUGACGAUCCUUUCAAAGGUAGCGGACUUACCAGUAGAUAUCCAAUUAGAUGUUACCGAGAAGGCACUAGUAUCAUUGGCCAAAGAUGAUCUCAUUCAGUUUGAAGCUAUGUUUUAUAGAUUGCAUGAAGAUCAGGCCCUUAUGCCAGACAUGAUCCAUCCAUCACUGCCAUCAAUGAACAUUACUUCUUUUUCAUACGAGGGCACUUUAAUCGAGUUAGUGAAUGAACCUGCUUUUAUCCACACCCUUCUUCCACUUGCAAAUGGCAGCAAUGACCAACUCUUCCAUCCCCAACAUCUUGACAAUCCUCUCAAAGAUCAAGCUCUUAUGCCAGAUAUGAUCCAUCCAAAAUACCUAUACAUGACUGUGCUUAAGCCACUUCUGUAUUCUUUCUUGGAACCUCUUUUCACAACACUAAGGUGCGCUCUUGCCAAUCACAGAAUAGUGAUUGAGUUGGAUGUGCCGUACCUAAAGGAAAUUCUGGGUUUGAACGAGCCAGUCCCAAAAGCUCAAUUGGAUGCAUCAUAAAAUUGCAGCUAACUAGGCAUGGUGAGAUGGAGUACAACCUCGUUUUUGAGAUCAUUAAUUUGAGGAACUCUGUGCACAACAACGGUGGAUGAAAUGACCUUAUUAAGUGUGUGCUGCGACGGAAGCUUUGGGCUGCAAACAACCCACGGUAUACUUAUUGGUCGGAGUGGGACGCCUGUCUUGAACCAUGCAUCGUGGUAUGACUUAAGUGACCCAGACAAGUUGCGAAAUAGGUAAAUCUUUCGAGUUUGGUACAUGUCCUUGAAUAUGUUCAGUAUAGAAUGUACAUGGCGCCAUUCUCCUGUUGUAAGGCUUAUGGAGAUCAAGUACAGGAGGUUGUUUUCUCAGUGUUCGCCAUACUCUUCCUCACUUCCUAUCAUGCAUCUUCCACUCCUAACUCGGAUGCCCAGUGGACAUUUUGAUGAAGAUGAUUUAUAAUAAUGACAAUUGCUGAAU